GGUGAAGACAAGCCUAAAAGUCUACCAUUGUAGGAAUUUGGAGCAGGGGUUAGUUUCCUUAUCGCGUCUCUGAUUAUUAUCGAUAAGCAAUAAUAACGACUUACCUGCCAAACCGUCAUGUCGCACUUGCCUGUACCUUUACUUCUUCCAAGCUUAAGCUUAACUCCAUUUUCGAACCUUUUUUUCUUUUUCUUUUUAACGGCUUUACUCCUUCACCAUUCUGAAUAAGAGGGAAAUAUAAUUGGCACAAUACGAAAAUGUCAACGUCACAAGCAACACUCAGCGCAGCAGCCGACGACCGCAAGGCGCGACUUGCUAAGCUCAAGAAUCUAAAGCGCAAACAACCCGCCGACGAGAUCGCGCCUCCAGAAUCAGAACGUUCAGCAUCGCCACCUAUACCGCCCGCAUCAACAUCCGUAGAAGAAGCCCAGAAAACCGCGGAAACAGAAGAAGCUGUAGCGCGACUUCACUUAUCAGGCCGCAACUAUGACCCCGAGAUGAGAGGCCCGAAGCUAGGAUUUGAGGCGCCGCCGACACUGGGCAUGGAAGGGCCCACGCUGGAGGAACAGGCGGCCAAGGUGGAGGCCGAGAUCAAGCGGAAAGCUGCCGAGGACGCAAAAGACGACAAGGGAGUCGACCUGUUCAAGCUCCAGCCAAAGAAACCGAACUGGGACCUUAAGAGAGAUCUAGAUAAGAAGCUGGAGAUUCUCAAUGUGCGUACGGACAAUGCUACAGCGAGGCUGGUUAGGGAACGUAUUUCAAAUGCCCAGGACGCAGCGAAGAAGACGGCUAAAUCUGUGGAAAAUGGCGAUGAGGGAAGUAUCGAGGCGGCAGGCAUGGAUGGUGUUGCGUUAGUUGAGGGUGUACGGGUACGAGAGAGGGAGGAAGAGGAAGAGGAGCGGAGAGAACGCGAAGAUGAGGAUAAUGCAUAAAGAUAUUGCGAGGACUUGAAUUUGCAUGGCUACGGCGUUUGGUUUACAGCAUUGGCGAAAAGUAGACUCAAUUACAAUAUAUGUAAGCUUAAGUAGAAGUAGGUU